AUGGGCGUUAUGCAUUCGAUUAUGAGUGAAACAAAACCUAUUAAAGUUCUAGCAACAGGGUCAGCAAACGGCCAAAUUAAACGACUAUUUGAAACGGUCACGAAAAUAAACGAAAAAUGGGGACCUUUCGACAUGCAUUUGUGUGUUGGGGAUUUGUUUGGUGAACAGGAGGACUCUGAAGAAAUUGAACUCUUGAUUAAAGGCGAAAUUAAAGUACCAAUUAAUGCGUAUUUCAUGUAUGGAAGGAACAGAAUUCCCUCAAAAAUAAGUGAACAAAUCAGGAACAAUAGCGGUCAAGUCUGCGAAAAUCUCACAUUUCUCGAGGGCGAAAGAGGUGUUAUUCUUACAGCACAUGGUGCGAGAAUAGCCUACGUUAAUGGAAUACCAGACUUCUCAAAAUUCGAUUCAAUAAAAAAUGAAGCAGUGGAUAUAUUCCUUAGUUACGAAUGGCCACAAUUCAUAACGCGAUUUUCCGGUCAAAACAUCACACACGUUCCAAAAAAUUUUCAGGAUCAUGAGUCACAGAUCAUCGCGGAGAUGUCCCUGUCGAUCAAACCACGAUAUCAUUUCGCUACUGCUGCGUCAAAGUUUUUCCAGAGAGAACCUUAUAAGAAUGACCCCUCUCUGACUAAUAAUGAUGCUAUAAUAAUGGAUCUUGAUACACAGAAAACUUUUGCCACUUGGUUUGUAGGAUUGGCUGAUGUUUCAUCAGCAAUGAAUCAAAGUAAAGAAACAGAAAACAAGUGGUAUUACGGGUUCAAUCUUGUUCCUUUGUUGCAUCUCGAUCAGUCUUCUAAAAUUGAAAUACCGCCAAACAUAACUGAAUGUCCGCUUUCUUUCACAAAACUAAAAAAAGGGAAAAAGCGGGCUAUUGAAGUGAGUCCACCACCUGAAAGAUAUAAAUGUUAUAAAUGUGGCAAGCCAGGCCAUUGGAUUGACGAAUGUACAUUUCUCAAAUGCUUCGAAUGUAAUAAAGAAGGUCACUCAACACGUUGGUGUCCAAAUAGGCAAGAGCCUUGUUGGUUUUGCUUGAGCAAUCCGAAAGCCUCCAAGCAUCUUGUUGUUUCAGUAGGGACUGAAGUCUAUUUAGCCAUAGCUAAGGGAGGCUUAAUAGAUACAACAAAUCAAUUAGUUUCACCAAUCAUACCGGGAGGCGGUCAUGUAUUAAUUGUAUCUCUGGCACAUUACGAAACGUUUGCGUCAGCAACCGAAGAUGUCCAAGAUAAAAUAUCUGAAGAAAUUCAAAAAUACAAAGAGAGCUUGCGAGAAAUGUUCAAACAUUAUGGUGCCAAUAUGUUAACAUUCCAAGUAUCUGUAUAUGGAUUGCGCCACCACGCCCAUAUACAAGUCGUUCCGAUCCCGGUAAAGUAUGAUUCUGAAUUCAUUAAAGCCACUUUUAUUGAAGAAGCUGAUUUGGAAGGGUUCACACUUGAGGAAGGGCCUCUUGUUACUUAUAAAGAUGAUAAGUUUAAAGAAUGUAAUUUCUCUGUGGAAUUGCCAAACGGGGAAAUUUUGACUUAUCAUUUCGAAGACAGUAAAGACUUUGACCAACAAUUUGGAAGGAGGGUGUUGGCGGAUAUGUUUGGAACUUCUGAACGUGCAAGCUGGAAAGCAUGUUCUCUAAAUCAAGAUAAAGAAAAACAAGAUCGCGAGCAAUUUCGCUCUGCUUUCAAAGAUUUUGAUUUUACGUUGAAGGAAUAG